GGGAGCCGGCAGGGCCGCAGCCUGUGCGCAGCUGGGCUGGGAGUCGGAGCGGGGCAGCCUCUCGCCCGGCAGGAUGGUGGUGCUGGGGAGUUACUGCCCGGGGAACGGCACCGUCUCCCAGCCAUGGACGCAGCAGGGGUUCUCCCCCUGCUUCUACUUCACGCUGGUGCCCACGGUGCUGCUGAGCGUCUGCCUCCUGCUGGGCGCCCUGCAGUACGCCUGCUACGCCCGCUUCGGCCGCGCCAUGGAGCCCAAGCACAUCCCCCGCUCGCGCCUCUACCACGCGCAGGUGCUGCUCUCGCUGCUGAUGGCGGUGCAGCCCCUCGGCGCCCUCCUGUGGCAGGCGCUGGCUGCGGGCCCGCUGCACGGCUACGCGCUGCUGUACGGCUGCCUCUCGGCUGGGGGCUGGGGCUGCGCCCUCGGCCUCCUGCAGCUGGAGCACACCCGGGUGCUGGCGCAGGACAGGACCAGAGGCCACGGCACCGUCCUGCUGCUCUUCUGGGCGCUGGCCUUUGCCGCCGAGAACCUGGCCCUGGUGUCCUGGAGGAGCCCCCUCUGGUGGUGGUCCCUGGGAGACGCCCCUCAGAAGGUGCAGUUCAGUCUGUGGGUGCUGCGAUAUGUCUGCACCUUCACCCUCUUCGUGCUGGGGAUGAAGGCCCCCGGGCUGCCGCACAAGCCCUACAUGCUGCUGGUGAACGAGGAUGAGCGUGAUGUGGAGAACAGGCAGCCCCUCCUGGCUGGAGACCGCGGCAGCCACUCCACCUGGAAGGAUUUGGGCCGGAAGCUGCGGCUGCUGGUGCAGUACGUGUGGCCGCGGGGCAGCCCCCUGCUGCAGGGCCUGGUGCUGUUCUGCAUGACGCUGAUGGGGCUGGAGCGCGUCAUCAACGUCUUCGUGCCCAUCUACUACAAGAACAUCGUGAACGAGCUGACGGAGGGCACCGCCUGGCACACGGUCGCCUGGACCAUCUGCACCUACGUGUUCCUGAAGUUCCUGCAGGGUGGAGGCGCCGGCUCCACCGGCUUCGUUAGCAACCUGCGCACCUUCCUGUGGAUCCGGGUGCAGCAGUUCACCAACCGGCAGGUCCAGGUGCGUCUCUUCGCCCACCUGCACGGCCUGUCCCUGCGCUGGCACCUGGGGCGCAAGACGGGCGAGGUGCUGCGCAGCGUGGACAGGGGCACCAGCAGCGUUAACAGCCUGCUCAGCUACAUCAUCUUCAGCAUUCCCACCAUCGCUGACAUCGUCAUCGGCAUCAUCUACUUCAGCUCGGCCUUCAGCCUCUGGUUCGGGCUCAUCAUCUUCGUCUGCAUGAGCCUCUACCUGACCCUGACCAUCAUCAUCACAGAGUGGAGAACCAAGUACCGGCGGGACAUGAACUCCCGCGACAACGAGGCCAAGGCCCGGGCCGUGGACUCGCUGCUCAACUUCGAGACGGUGAAGUAUUACAACGCGGAGAGCUAUGAAGUGAAUCGAUUCAAUGACGCCAUCCUGAAGUACCAGGUCUCGGAGUGGAAGGUCAACGCCUCGCUGGCCCUGCUGAACCAGACCCAGAACCUGAUCAUCGGCCUGGGGCUGCUGGCCGGCUCCCUGCUCUGCGCCUACUUUGUGACUGAGAAGAAGUUCCAGGUGGGGGACUUUGUCCUGUUCGGCACCUACAUCAUCCAGCUCUACACGCCGCUCAACUGGUUCGGCACCUACUACAGGAUGAUCCAGAGCUCCUUCAUCGACAUGGAAAACAUGUUCGAGCUCUUCAAGGAGGAACAAGAGGUGAAGGACGAGGUGAAUGCAGGGGACCUUCGCUUCCGCUCAGGGCGCAUUGAGUUCGAGAACGUGCACUUCAGCUACAUGGACGGGAGGGAAAUCCUGCAGGACGUCUCCUUCUCAGUGAUGCCCGGACAGACCCUUGCCCUGGUGGGUCCGUCCGGCUCAGGGAAAAGCACCAUCAUCCGCCUGCUCUUCCGCUUCUACGAUGUGUGGGGCGGCUGCAUCCGCAUCGACGGGCAGGACAUCGCCAAGGUGACGCAGGCCUCGCUGCGCGCCAACAUCGGGGUGGUGCCCCAGGACACGGUGCUCUUCAACGACUCCAUCUGCAACAACAUCCGCUACGGGCGCGUCGCCGCCUCCGACGAGGAGGUGCGCCAGGCGGCCCGCGCCGCCGACAUCCACGACCGCAUCCUCUCCUUCCCCGAGGGUUACGAGACCCAGGUGGGGGAACGAGGCCUGAAGCUGAGCGGGGGGGAGAAGCAGAGAGUGGCCAUCGCACGCACGAUCCUCAAGGGCCCGCAGAUCAUCCUGCUGGACGAGGCGACGUCGGCACUGGACACCGAGACGGAGAGGAACAUCCAGGGUUCGCUGGCCAAGGUCUGCGCCAACCGCACCACCAUCGUCGUCGCCCACAGGCUCUCCACGGUUGUCAACGCCGACCAGAUCCUGGUUCUCAAGGACGGGCGCAUUGUGGAGCGCGGAAGGCACGAGGAGCUGCUGCAGAAGGGUGGCGUCUACGCUGGGAUGUGGCAGCAGCAGCAGGCUGGGGACGCGUCCGACUCCGACACGGAGAGCAAGGACCGCAGCUCCGAGAAGCUGCCGGCAGCCCCCAGGAAGGGUCCGUGAGCGCAGGCAGGAGCCAGGGGACUUUGGGCAGCGCCAGCAGCACAGAGCUGCCCCCGACCCCCGAACUGUGGCUGGCAUCGGGCGGCACGCCAGCCCCCCCCGGCUGUGUUAUCUCGGCUUGUUUCAGAGCCGUGGCACCUUCCUGGAGCGGGGGGCAGCGGGGGGCUGGCUCCACUGUUCCUGCUGUACGGCGAGCGGCCAAACUGGACGAGUCGCGUCCUGGCCCAGGGACCCCCUGUGAGCCUGGAUCCCUGCUGGGCACACGGGCACCCCCGCCAUGGGUGGCAACGGUGCAGCUGGCAGAGCAUUGCAUGCUGGGACUGUGCCCCCCACAGUCCCAGCUCCAGGGCCGCUGCCAGGCUGCCCGUGGGCAGGACGGGGGGAGCCCUUCUGGCUGGCCAUGUCCCAGGGCACCACUCUUUACAGGAGGCUCCCAGCCGCACUGGGGAGGGGGGAGGUGCUGCCCCCCAGUACGGAGCCCUGGAGGGGGGCACUAGGGGGGCAGAACAGGGAGUUGGUUGGUUUUUAAGUUUUGAUUUGAUGUCUCUUGUUGCUGAAUCUUGUAAACUGCUUGUGGCCA